AUAUAUGCUGCCUGGAAGGAUUCACCCGGCCCAAUGAAUGCUUGCCAGCACUGCAGCGUCUCCAUCUGGCUGCUCAGGCGCGCCCCAUAUUUCCCGAACGCAAGACACAUUACUUCAUACUGCUCCACUGAAUAUCGAAACAGCACAAAGUUGCUAAGCAAGUCGCUUCUCUAUACUUCGUCUUCUUCAUCUACUUUCGUGCAAAACGAAUGUGAUUGCGCAAUAUGUAGUUAG